UUACAAUCAACACAUCUAUCUGCAAACAACAUUUCGAAUAUGGGGACUACAGUGCAUACAGAACUUGGUGAAUUAAACCUCAACUUGGCUAAUGAAAAUGAAGAAUGCUUGAAAGAAAGAAUUUUUGGUGCUGAGUCAAAGUCUGGCUACAUUUUGCACAUUACUAAAGUUAGUUUGGAUUGGGGCAAAAAGGACUUGAAAUCCUCUGAAGAAGGUGCUCCUAAGUGUGUGCUAGGUUUAUCUGUUAAUAUGACCAGCAUGGGAGUUUAUCUAACUUUCAAGCGAGUAGAAUCAUUCAUAUCAACUGCAAUAUCCUUUCAAGUUCUAUUCAAAAGCCUUUCCGCUUCAAAGAAAAAAACAACGCAAACCCGGGCUCGAUCAUCAAAAAGUUCAGGGAAGGGAACUCAAAUGUUGAAAUUCAAUGUUGAACAGUGUUCAGUAUAUGUACUGGGGGAGACUGGAAUAGAAAAUGCAGUUGUUCCUGAUCCCAAGCGAGUCAAUUUUGGUUCACAAGGUGGUAGAGUUAUAAUAAAUGUGUCAGCAGAUGGUACCCCGCGCACUGCAAACAUAAUCUCCACCGUUUCCGAUGACUACCGGAAGCUAAAGUACUGUAUUUCUCUUGAAAUCUUUCAUUUUAAGUUGAGUGUGAACAAGGAGAAAAGAUCCAAACAGGUAGAACUUGGAAGGGCUAGAUCUAUCUAUCAGGAAUAUAUGGAUGAAAAUAGGCCAGUAUCAAAAGUGGCAUUGUUUAAUAUGCAAACUAUUAAAUUUGUACAACGUUUAGGCGGCCUUAAAGAGAAUGCUGCCUGUUCUCUUUUCAGUGCUACAGAAAUUACAAUGAGGUGGGAGCCUGAUGUGCAUCUAUCACUAAUUGAACUGGUUCUCCAGCUAAAAUUAGUGGUACACAAUACGAAGCUUCAGGAGCAUGGUAAUGAUGAACAUGUCGAAGACAUGUCUAAUGUAAAAGAUACUAAUAGGAAAAAUGAAGCUACUGUGGAAUCAGGGCAUUCAGAAAAGAAGAAAGAAUCUGUUUUUGCUGUUGAUGUAGAAAUGUUAAAUAUAUCUGCUGGGCUGGGAGAUGGAGUUGAUGCUAUGGUUCAGGUGCAGUCAAUUUUCUCUGAGAAUGCUCGUAUAGGAGUGCUCCUUGAAGGACUCAUGUUUUAUUUUAAUGGGGCCAGAAUCAUCAAGAGUAGCCGGAUGCAAAUUUCACGAAUUCCUAGUAAAUCUGCUGCUAGUGCAUCUGAUGCAAAGGGGCCUGUAGCCACAAUAUGGGAUUGGGUAAUUCAAGGUCUGGAUAUUCACAUUUGUUUGCCAUUCAGAUUGCAAUUGCGUGCUAUUGAUGAUGCUCUAGAGGAUAUGUUGCGUGCAUUGAAACUUAUUGUUGCUGCAAAGACCAAUAUGAUUUUUCCUGUGAAGAAAGACAGUUCUAAAGCGAAAAAGCCUAGUUCAGUAAAAUUUGGAUGCGUAAAGCUUUUCGUACGCAAGUUAACUUUUGAUAUUGAAGAGGAACCAAUUCAGGGAUGGCUUGAUGAACACUACCAUUUGUUGAAGAAGGAAGCUGGUGAAUUAGCUGUCCGGUUAAACUUUUUAGAUGAAUUUAUAUCCAAGGCAAAGCAAGAUCCAAAACCUACUGAUGACACCAAUAAUUCUCCUCAAGAAAAAAAGGUUUAUUUUAAUGAUGUUGAGGUUGAUGUAAACAAUCCUUCGACUAUUGAAUCAAUGCGAGAAGAAAUUUAUAAAAAAUCAUUCCGAUCAUAUUACCAGGCAUGCCAAAACCUAGUGUUAUCUGAAGGGUCAGGUGCUUGUAUUGAUGAUGACUUUCAAGCUGGUUUCAAACCUAGUACUUCAAGGACUUCUCUUCUUUCAAUAUCUGCAUUAGACUUAGAUGUAAGCUUGACAAAAAUUGAUGGUGGAGAUGAUGGGAUGAUUGAAGUUCUGAGGAAGCUUGAUCCUGUUUGUCUUGAAUGUGACAUACCAUUUUCCAGACUGUAUGGGUCAAAUAUUCUCUUAAACACAGGUUCUCUUGUGGCCCAGAUUCGAGAUUACACAUAUCCUCUUUUUGCUGGAAGUUCUGGUAAAUGUGAAGGUCGUCUUGUGAUGGCUCAGCAGGCAACUAGCUUUCAGCCUCAAAUGCUUCAAGAUGUCUAUGUUGGGGCAUGGAGAAAGGUAUGCAUGCUUCGAUCUGCUACUGGUACUACUCCGCCAAUGAAGACAUACACAGAUUUGUCCUUGCAUUUUCAGAAAGGCGAAGUGUCAUUUGGGGUGAGUUAUGAACCAGUUUUUGCUGAUAUUAGUUAUGCUUUCACUGUGUUGCUACGGAGGGCUAAUCUAAGUGUUAUAAACCCCGGCCCACUUAUUGUGCCACCAAAAAAGGAGAAGAGUUUGCCAUGGUGGGAUGACAUGAGAAAUUACAUUCAUGGAAGAAUUUCCUUAUUAUUUUCUGAAACAAGAUGGCAUAUUUUGGCAAGUACAGAUCCUUAUGAAAAGCUUGAUAAACUUAUACUUCUGACUAGAUCUAUGGAAAUUCACCAGUCAGAUGGUCGCAUUCUUCUUUCCGCGAAAGAUUUCAACAUUUUUUUGAGCAGUUUGGAGAGUAUGGCAAAAAAGCGUGGUUCCAAAAUUCCGCCGGGUGUUUCUAGUGCUUUUUUUGAAGUCCCACUUUUUACACUUGAAGUUGCAAUGGACUGGGAUUGUGACUCUGGCAAACCAUUGAAUCAUUAUUUAUUUUCACUUCCAGAUGAAGGAAAACCUCGUGAGUUCGUAUUUGAUCCCUUCAGAUCCACUGCUCUUUCACUUCGAUGGAACCUAUCUUUUAGAUCCCUUCCUCCUUCAUCAGAAAAACAAUGUCCACCCUCUGUUGCAAGAGAUAGUAUAGAAGGAUAUGCUACUCUAUCUCAGCCUCCUCACACUUCUCAGAAUGUUUCACCGGCUUCCCCAACAAUAAAACUUGGUGCUCAUGAUCUAGCAUGGAUUACAAAAUUCUGGAACUUGAUGUACCUUCCCCCACAUAAACUGCGGAUGUUUUCACGCUGGCCUCGUUUUGGUGUUCCAAGAAUUAUCAGAUCAGGCAAUCUUGCACUAGAUAAAGUAAUGACCGAGUUUAUGAUUCGUAUAGAUUCCACACCGAUUUGUAUAAAGAACAUGCCUUUACAUGAUGAUGAUCCAGCCAGAGGACUGACCUUCAUGAUGACAAAGCUGAAGAUUGAAUUAUGUUUUGGCAGGGGUAAGCAAAAGUUUACUUUUGAAAGCUACCGUGGCCUUCUUGAUCUUGUUUACCAAGGUAUUGACCUUCAUAUGCCCAAAGUUUUCCUAAGUAAAGAAGACUGCUGUAGUGUUUCUAAGUUAAUUAGCAUGGCAACAAAAAGCUCACAAUCUGCAUCCAAGGAUAACGUUCCCUCUGAAAAAGGUUGCAUGACGCAGAAAAAUCCUGAUGAUGGAUUUAUUUUAUCCUGUGAUUACUUCAGUAUAAGAAAACAGUCCGCAAAGGCCGAUCCUGAUACUUUGGGAGCCUGGCGUGAAGAGGGAAAAAUAAAUCCUGAGAAGACCACGUGUGUACAGUUUGAGCGUGGUAAACAGAGCGAAACUAAUGAGCAUACGCAAUCAGACCCAAGCGACGACGAUGAUGGCUACAAUGUGGUGAUAGCUGACAGUUGCCAGCGCGUGUUUGUCUAUGGUAUGAAGCUUCUAUGGAAUAUUGAAAACAGAAAUGCUGUUUGUUUCUGGGUUGCUGCUCUUUCCAAAGCCGCUGCACCUGCCAAGCCUUCUCCUUCUCGGCAGUAUGCACAGAGAAAAUUACAUGAGGACAACAAAAAGGAUGAUGCAGCCGAAACUAAUCAAGAUGAUGAUGCAUGUCAAACCCAUCAAGAUGAUGGAGCCAAAAUCCAGCAAGAUGAUGAAGCUGAAUCCCAUCGAGAUGAUGGAGCUGAAACCUGUCAAGAUGAAGGAGCUGAGACACAUAAAGAUGAAGUUUCAACAUCCCUUAACACUAACAGCAUCUCGGAUUCUCCCUCUUCUCAGGCUGCCAAGAAUCCUGAAUUACCUUCAUCCCCACCACAUUUGGAUAAUGCGGACAACUUGCCAUCUACUAAAAAUGAGAAUGCUGACGACACUGAGGAGGGGAUUCGACACUUCAUGGUUAAUAUUAUUGAACCUCAGUUUAAUCUUCACUCAGAGGACGCAAAUGGUAGGUUUCUGCUUGCUGCUGUAAGUGGCCGCAUUUUAGCCCAGUCAUUUCACUCAGUCCUUCAUGUUGGUUACGAGAUGAUUGAGCAAGCUCUUAGUACUACAGAUGUAAAUGGUAGUGAAUACCAGCCUGAAAUUGCAUGGAAAAGAUGGGAGUUAUCUGUUAUGUUGGAGCAUGUGCAGGCCCAUGUUGCACCAACAGAUGUUGAUCCAGGGGCUGGAGUGCAGUGGCUACCAAAAAUUCUCAGAGGCUCUCCAAAAGUAAUGCGUACAGGUGCUCUUCUUGAGAGAGUUUUUAUGCCUUGUGAUAUGUACUUUCAGUUCACAAGGCACAAAGGAGGCACUCCAGAAAUGAAGGUGAAACCCUUGAAGGAGCUCACAUUCAAUUCUCAUAAUAUAACAGCAACAAUGACAUCUCGCCAGUUUCAGGUCAUGCUGGACGUGUUGUGCAAUCUUCUCCUUGCACGGGUUCCAAAGCCUAAAAAAAGUAGCCAGACACUUUCUAUUGAAGAUGAUGAAAUGGUCGAAGAAGAAGCCGAUGAGGUGGUACCUGAUGGUGUUGAAGAGGUGGAACUUGAAAAAAUCAACCUUGAAAAGAAAGAGAGGGAACUAAGGUUGCUUCUUGAUGAUAUAAGAAAACUGUCUCUUUCUUAUGACCUUUCUAGAAAUCCGCAUCCAGAAAAGGAAGCAGACUUGUGGAUGAUAGACGGUGAAAUAGCCAUGCUGGUCCAAGAACUGAAGAGAGAAGUUGUAAAUGCGCGAAAAUCUAGGAAAGAAGCAUAUGCAUCAUUAAGAAUGGCAAUGCAAAAAGCUGCACAGCAGCGGUUAAUGGAGAAGGAGAAGAACAAAAGUCCUUCUUAUGCUAUGCGAAUAUCUAUGCAAAUUAACAAAGUUGUUUGGAGCAUGCUCCUUGAUGGUAAAUCCUUUGCUGAAAUUGAGAUCAAUGACAUGAUCUACGACUUCGACCGGGAUUAUAAGGAUGUCGGCAUUUCUCUGUUCACAACAAAAUAUAUUGUUUUCAAAAAUUGCCUAUCUAAUGCCAAAUCUGAUACAAUUCUGUCAGCAUGGAAUCCCCCACCCGAUUGGGGAAAAAAAGUGAUGCUUCAAGUUGAUGCGAGACAGGGAGCUCCAAAGGAUGGAAGUUCUCCCUUUGAACUUUUCAAGGUAGAGAUUUAUCCCCUUAAGAUCCAUUUGACAGAAACGAUGUACAGAAUGAUGUGGGGGUAUUUCUUCCCGGAAGAAAAAAAGGAGUCACAACGCCGACAGGAGGUUUGGAAGGUUUCGACGACAGCUGGUGCAAGGCGUUUGAAAAAAGGUUCAUCGGUCAAUGAAGCUUCUGCUUCAAGUGCAACGAAAGAGUCUGAAGCCCCAUCCAAAUCCACCAUCACUGCAAUGCUAUUUCCCUCAAGCAAUCAGUCUUCUGCUCAAGUUGAUUCUGCCCAAGCAUCCAAAACACAAAAUGUCAAAGCUAACCCUGGUACUGGUAUAACCCCCGAGUUGAAAAAGGCAUCUUCUUUUGAUAAGACAGAGGAAGAUACCGUGGCAGAAUCUGUAGCCGAUGAACUUGUCUCACAAGAUGAAGCAUCCAAGAAUAAACUAAAAGAUUGCAAAGGUGCUAUGCCAUCUGAAGAGAAGAAAUCUAGACCACAAAAAAUAAUGGAAUUUCACAACAUCAAAAUUAGUCAGGUGGAAUUGUGUAUUACCUAUGAAGGGUCAAGAUUUGUUGUGAGUGAUAUGAAAUUAUUGAUGGAUCAAUUUCACCGAGUUGAGUUUACCGGGACUUGGCGGAGACUCUUCUCUCGAAUUAAGAAGCACAUUAUAUGGGGAGUCCUGAAAUCCGUGACUGGAAUGCAGGGUAAGAAAUUUAAAGACAAAGGUCAGAUUCAGCUCCCUAGUGCUGGUGCUCCAGAAAUGGACCUUACUUUGAGUGACAAUGAAGGCCAAGCAGGAAAAUCUGAUAAGCUUCCACCAGCUUGGCCUAAGCGUCCAAAUGAAGGAGCAGGUGAUGGAUUUGUAACAUCCAUUAAAGGAAUAUUUAGUAAUCAGCGCCGCAAGGCAAAGGCAUUAGUGCACAAGACAAAGAAAGGAGAAGCAGAGAAUGAAACUCAAGGGGAUUCUGGUGAAAAUGAUGGAGAUCAGAUCGCUCCUUUUGCUAGGCAGCUCACGAUCACACAAGCUAAAAAGCUUAUUAGGAAGCACACCAAGAAGUUGCAGUCUAAAGCACAAAAAGGUUCCUCCUCACAACAAGCAGAAGCACUACCAUCAUCAAAAGAGGAGACCAUUACAUUUGACAGUGAUUCUUCAAGUGGAUCCUCAUCUGAUGAUGAAGCUUUUCAUGAAUAGGUUAUCUAAAGGAAUUCUUACUUUUCAGUUGAUCAUGAAGCACGUUUUAUCUUAUUCUUAAAUCACUAAAUCAGCAGGUACGUACCUCAGAUAAACACCUAAAUUAACAGAAAAACUUGAGGGUAGGGACACCAAAAAUGGAAGAAAUAGAACUUUGGACUUAAAAUUUGGAUAAUGUGUGAUUGAUGUUGAUUUUUAUUCAGUAUAUUAUUCUCUGGAAACCUCAAUCAUUGUUGAUGAAGAGCCUUGCAUUCUUCUA